AAGUAAAUGUUCAGGCAGGAGCUUUAUUUGCUCUUACGAACUGCUCCUAGUAAUCCUCAUCAGUGUUAAGUAAAUGGAGAGAAAGCGGAGCGAUGAUUAACGCUUCAGGUCACUCAUCUGAGUGCGACAUAGAUCGCUGAAGAAUAUCCAGGUCGAACCACUUUUCCUUGUCUACUCUUUGCAUAUUAUGAGUGAAUGAAUAAAUAGUAAUAAAAAAUACAAAUUCUUGAUUGUGCACUAAAGGCCUCUCAUAUGGAUCGCAAUCUAUGCAUUAGCAUUACAAAAUAAAUUUCCAUAUUUCUCUUUACAAUUCUCUUCAAACUUCUCCCGCAUAUUUCAAGCUAUUCCUUCAAACUGGGCAAUUAUUGUGAGUUAUUGGCGCAGCUAGUUGUAAAUUCUUAUCUGCACUUGACACGCUCGUUGAUAGCUGAUCAAGUUGUCAACGCUGGGACCCCAAUAGCCGUUCAGCCAAGACGCGAGACAUCCGCUGGCCGCGCAUAUAAAUUGCCCAACGCUGUGUGCUGUGGCUGGCAGUUGGCCUAAGACACAAUGUGCAAGCGAGGCGUAUACUUGAUGCAAUUGCUGGCGCUAGUGCUGGCGGGUGUCGAAGCCUGGCCCCACCAAAAACAACCACACCAGCAGCAGCAGCAGCAGCAGCGGCAGCAACAGCACCACCAGCACCACCAGCUGAGCAGCGAUGGACACCGCAUGGAAAAUGACUACACUCCGAUCAUCCACAUCAGCUCUGCCGUGCUGCAGCUGGCGCCAGAUGAGCAAACGCAUUUGCUGCUCCCAGGCAACGGCAACGGCAACGGCCACAGUGGCUCAUCUCAUCCAGGCGGGUCCAUUGCCAACUGGCCGCACAUCUACAGGCUGGAGGAUUUGCUGCCUGUGCGCAUGCCAGCAGCUGCCGAGCCGCGACUCACAGUCAGCGACAAUCUGGACUGGCCGCACUAUGUGCAGUCCCAUGGACGCUAAGUAGAUGCUCCGCGGAUUACACGACAAACUUGGCUGAUUUAUUGCAAAAAAAAAAAAAGGUGUCUUUCUUAU